AUGUCGUCCGGGAGGGAGGCGACCGUCACGAGGGUGUCCGGUCUGCAGCGACGGGCCGCGGCCGAGCCGGCUCCGAGGCAGCCUUCCCUGAGCAAGGUGUUGGCGGAUGCGGCCGACCGGGACGAGGACGGGGAGGGGGAGGAGGAGGAGGCGGGCGGGGACGGCUCCUCGUCGGACCCGACGCUCGAUGCGCGGAAGGAGCGGCCGCGCGGCGCGUACCUCUUCGUGGUGGUCUGCGUGGCAUGCGCCUCGGCCCUGGUGGGCGGCGUAUUCCUCAUGCCUCGCGUCUGGGUGGCGGGCUACGAGCUGUGGCGCGCGAUCUUGUUGCUGAACGUGGCGGUCUUCUCGUUCGGUGCAUUCACGCUGCUGGUCAGAGGCACCGCCUUCGUGGUCGGCCGGCUCACGUACGGGGGCCGAUCGCACUACCUCAUGCACAACCUGAGGGUGCCCAUACGCAACGUGUUCUGGUCGUCGACGUGCUACGCGACGUGGAGGGGUCUGUUCCGGGACGUCCGAGCCGACCGCCCCGGCGUGCGGCCGAGGGUGGACGCCGUCGUCACGUCGAUCCAGAUCACGAUAGUGGUGCUCGCGGUCCAGUCGAUCUUGGUGCGCCUCCUGGCCAACAAGUUCCACGCGGGGACGUACUUCGAUCGGAUCAGGAGGUCCGUGGCCAACCAACUGGUGGUGGAGCGGCUCUCCGUGCCGUACCACAGCCUUCCGGACGUCCGCCCGACCGAGGAGGACCUGGAGGCGAGCCUGCGGAGGAAGCGAGGGGAGCGACAGACGAUCAUGCCGCCCGACGUGUCCUUCAACGCGCUGCUGAGCAUCGCCAGGAAGCGGCGCAAGAUGCCCGAGUGCGCGGACGAGGCGUCCGCGAGGCUCUUCGCGCAGGACGUGUUCGCGAACGUGGUGCCGGACUCGAGCGUCGAAGCGUUCGAUCGGACGCACCUGACGCGCUUCUUCGUCGGCUGCGAGGGCCAGAUCCACGAGUUCAUGGACGCCUGCUUCGAGGGCGCGGACGAGGUGCGUCUGCAGACCUUCCAGGACUUCAUCGUGCGCCUGAACGAGGAGAUCGUCCUGCUGAAGCUCGCAUUGACCGACAAGCGGAGCGCGAUCGCUUCCAUCUCCACGGCCACGCGCGCGGUGUGUCUCGCGGCCUGCGCCCUGGUGGUCUGCAUCAUCGUCUUCAGGCUCGACCUCACGAAGGUCAUGGUCCUGGCUAGCAGCUGGCUCGUCAGCUCCAUCCUGAUAGUGGGGCCGGCCAUUCGGGACGUCGUGGACGGGGUGGUCUUCGUCUUCGUCCGGCACCCUUACGACGUGGGCGACUUCGUGGAGAUAGACAAGGAGGUGUAUCUGGUGGACUCGGUGGGGCUGCUCUCGACGACCUUCCUGUACAAACGGAGGAUCACGAGCAUCCCCAACAAGGGCCUGGCCGGGGGGGUCAUAGUGAACCUGUCGCGCACCACCACUGCCCGUGCGUCCGUCUGA